AGUAGCUCCAUCAAUGCUCCGUCAACAUCGCCAAGUCCCCUCCACACCGGCUUCGAGCCUGAUGGCCAUCGACCCCGAUUGAAUCGCGCGCUCGCUCCCGCGGCGACAAAAACACGAUGCAGAAAACAAGGGUGCUCAGCUCGCUGCGCGACCUCUUCCCGCCCAUCCACCAGCCGCUGCCGCUCGACAAGCGCGAGAGCCAGCGGCUGCUCGAGUCGCUGAAGAAGUCGUUCCGCGAGGAGCUGGAUAGGCAGCACGGCUGGGUCUCCCGCCCCGUCAGCGAUCCAUUGCCGUUGCCCAACCUGCCCCUCAAUUACCUACCCAGCAACGAUAGCCGGCCCAGCUCCGCGCGGGCGUCGACCGACCAGCAUCUGCACGCCAUCCUCGACAACCCGCACUUCAGCCCGGCCGAGAGGGCGCAGGCGACCGAUGGCUCCGCAAAUGUCUGGGACCGCCACAAGAACGUCUUCUCCCUCGCUGUCUCGAGGGGCUUGAUGACCCUGCCUCGGGCGCACGGUUUCCUCCUGCACAUCCAGGCCGAGGUCGGCCAUGCGCCGGCAUUGUCCAUCCUCGAGGGCCUGAAACCCACCGGCGCCGGCCUGCUCGUUCUGCGGUGGCUCCAGUCCUCGGGCAUGGAACGCGACCUCUCGUUCCUCUCCCACGGCAGCUUCGCACACAUCCUCGUCCGGUUCCUUGUCGCCGAGGGCCGCGAGGAUAUCGUCUGGUCUUGGAUCGAGCGCCUGAUGAGGAAAGAGGGCGCCCUAGACCGGAAAAUUCCAGUCGAUCUUGGCUCAUCGGCGCUCCUUGCCUCCCUUGUCUCCACCAAAGCUCACGACGUUGAGUUGGAGGGCGGGUACACGGCCGUGCUGAAGGGAGCCGCUAUGCUCCGGGAGCAGGGAUUGCCUCCCAUCCGAUUGAAAGGUGCCUGGCGUACGGUCUCCUAUCAGAGCACGACCAAGGCAUGGAAGCACUCCAAGCCGCCUGCCGAGUUGUUUGAGCGCUUCUGUUCUCUAGGACCCACCCUCCCGGCGUCCCCGUUGGAUAUGGCCCAUCUCAAUCUGUGCCACCCCGUCAACCCCUCUCCGCGGCUCGCUGUUGAGUUCCUGUCAAGCAAGUCUGCCUGGCAGGGGUUGGAUCCUGCCGCGCCGAGUUUCAAACAAAAGAUCUACUUGCAACGAAUCUACUCGCUGGGUCUCGACGCUCUUCAGCACUUGAUGAAGCUUGACGAGGUCAGGGAGGCAUCACGACUUUGGGACAUUCUGAAGACGCGUCUCGGCGGCGGCGGCGGGCAUACUUUGAACAGUCUCAGCCCUGCCUGAGGUCCCCAAACUGCCACUCAGCACAGUUCGGUGGCCAAUACCGUGAUCGACGGAUGUCAGGGUCGCUGGCGCUGACCACUGGUCCGACGGUAGACCCAACUGAAAAUCG